AUGGCGGCGAUUCCCCCUGACACCUGGCUGCCCAAUGUCUACCGGGAGACUAGCAUGGGGGUCAUUGUGUUGGAACUGUACUGGAAGCAUGCUCUGAAGACCUGCAAAAACUUUGCAGAGCUGGCUCUGCAGGGCUACUACAAAGGCACCAAAUUCCACAGAAUCACCAAGGACUUCAUGAUCCAAGGCGGUGACCUGACAGGGACAGGUCAAGGUGGCACAUCUAUCUAUGGCAAACAAUUUGAAGAUGAACUUCAUCCAGACCGGAAGUUCACUGGGGCUGGGAUUCUUGCAAUGGCCAAUGCAGGACCAGACACACCAGUGGCAGCCAGUUCUUCAUGUCCCACCCAGUGGCUGGAUGGCAAACACACCAUUGGUCGAGUGUGCGAGGGCAUAGGGAUAGUGGGCAUGGUGAAAACAAACACCCAGGACCAUCCCAUGGAUGACGUGAAGAUCCUUAAGGCAUACCCUUCUGGGUAG